UUAUGAAGAUGGGGAGAUUAGUGGCCAUCAGAAAGAUUGGAUUUCGUCUGACUAGAUUGCAGAGAAACAUGGCUACAGCAGAGGCAGUUAUUCAAGAGAAAAAAUUCAAAGAAGUGGAGAUCGAGGUACCGUGGGGUAAAAUUGCAGGUAAACAUUGGGGUCCACCAGAUGUUGAACCCAUAGUAGCUCUUCACGGAUGGCAGGACAACGCCGGCUCCUUCGAUAACCUCAUCAAAUAUUUACCAAAUAACCUGAGUAUUCUAGCAGUUGAUGCACCAGGUCACGGAUACUCUAGUUGGUUACCAAAAGGGACUAUGUAUACCCCAUUAAUGUACAUCCAAGUGAUUCAACGGGUGAAACAACACUACAAGAUGGAUAAAAUCGGACUGAUCGCACACUCAAUGGGGGCGAUGUGGUGUUUCAGUUACGCCGUCUUUGCACCUCAAGAUAUUAAAUUCGUAAUUGCCUUGGAUUAUUUCAAGUUCCCGGAGUUGCCACCAGAAAAAUUCCUAUCCUACUUUUUCGAAGAUUGGAACAGAUUUUUUCGCCUCGACCAACUGACAAACCCACCCCCAAGACACUCAGAAGCAGAAGCAAUUAGUCGGUACAUCAAGGCAACCAAUAAUUCUCUGGAUGAGGAGAUGUGCAGAAUAUUGUUCGAGAGAGGCACAACAAAACAUCCGGAUGGAACAGUGUCAUUCAAUCGAGACCCGUACGUUCAAUGUGUCUUUGACCCUGGACUCAAUAAUGAACAGAUGGUAGCCAUGGCAAAGCGUCUAACGUGUCCCUACUACGUCAUCAAAGGCGAAAGUUCGCGUUACAAGGAGAAAAAAGAAUUGUAUUUCGAAGUCCUCAAAGUCCUGGAAACUACAUCCUCCGAUUUCAUGUUCCGUACUGUUCCUGGCACGCAUCAUUUCCACAUGAAAAAUACGAGUCAUUUAGCCGAUUUAAUCAAUCCUUUUAUCCAACAACAUAUAUAAUUGAUGAUCAAAGCACAAACUCUGCGAAUGCUGCAGCCCAGACCUAUAUGUUUUUUGAAAAUUAUAUUUUAAUAAAAUUGAGGAGUGAAAUAAAUCAGAAAAUAAUAUAA